UCUGCAAAAUGGAACAAAGAAAAUACGCGCAAUGGCCAAUGGAGCACACGAAAUUUACUCUCUUGGCUGCACUGCUUGUGUUUGGUGCGAUGGGACGAGAGCAAAUUCAGUACUCAAUCUCAGAGGAGCAGAAGGACGGAGCUGCUGUGGGAAAUAUCGCGAAGGAUUUGGGCAUAGAUCAUCGAACCUUAAAAGAGCGAGGAUUUCGGAUCGUCUCGACCUCAGGCGAGUCCAUGUUCAGUGUGAAUCAGAAUGACGGUGUCUUGUAUGUGAACGGUAAAAUAGACAGAGAAGAGGUAUGCGAGAGGAGCACCCCAUGUUUAAUUAAUCUGAAAAUCGCUUUAGAAAACCCACUUGAAAUCCACUAUGUAACUAUAGAGAUUCUGGACAUAAAUGACCACGCUCCGAGUUUUCCUGAGAGCGAGAUGCAUUUAGAGAUCGGAGAAUCUGCCCUUCCCGGCACCCGAUUUCAGCUUGAGGCUGCGCGCGAUUCUGAUAGUGGAAGUAAUUCUGUGCAUCAUUACAAACUCAGUCAUAACGAUAAUUUCCGCCUUGAAGUCAAAGAUCGUGGAGAAGACGGUAAAAUUCCCAUCUUGAUUUUACAAAAACCUUUAGACCGAGAGGUUAUUCGAAACAUUACAUUGCAGUUAAUUGCUGUCGAUGGGGGAAAGCCUGCCAAGUCUGGGACAAUGGAGAUAACUAUUAACGUUUUAGAUAUAAACGAUAACGUGCCAGUGUUUACAAAAGAUGUUUAUUCGGUCAUGCUGAAUGAAAAUGCACCUAUUGGUACAACUGUAAUACAGAUCAACGCCACAGAUUUGGAUGAGGGCCCGAAUGGUGACAUAGUUUAUUCAUUUGGUAAAAGCGUUAAUAGUAAAGCAAGAAAACUGUUUGAUAUUAACACCGUCACUGGUGAGAUAACCGUAAAGGGGCUAUUAGAUUAUGAGGACAAAGACAGCUAUGAGAUUGAUAUACAAGCAUCUGACAAGGGACUAAUUCCAAUGAUUACUGAUAAGAGCGUGACCAUAAAAAUAGUUGAUGUAAAUGAUAAUGCUCCAGAAAUAGAGGUCACAUCAUUUUCAAACUCCAUUCCAGAGGAUUCUAAAACUGGUACUACAGUGGCUUUGAUUAGUGUUUCUGAUUUAGACUCUGGACUUAAUGGCAAAGUCACUUGUUCUUUAGAAGAUAACAUGCCUUUCAAACUAAUAGCUUCUUCACAGCAUAGCACAUAUUCAUUGGUUACCACCUCACCUUUAGACAGAGAAACAAAGUUUCAGUAUUACAUCACAUUAACUGCAAAAGAUUUGGGUCAGCCAUCAUUAUCUUCUCUUAAAACUAUAACUGUUCUGAUAUCAGAUGUAAAUGACAAUAGUCCCGAAUUCUCAUUUUCCCCGUAUGCAUUUUAUGUGAUGGAAAAUAAUGUGCCAAGCAAAUUUUUAUUUUCUGUGUCUGCUACUGACAAAGACUCUAAUGAAAAUGCUAUUCUUAGCUAUCACAUAUGGAGAGAAAGUAGUGAGGAAAACAAAUAUACGUCCUUCAUUAAUAUUAACUCUGAAAAUGGGGAGAUUUAUGCACUAAAGAGCUUCGACUUUGAAACUGUUAAAACAUUCCAGUUCCACGUUCUCGCAACAGACUCUGGAACUCCGUCUCUGAGCAGUAACGUGACAGUGAACGUGUUUAUUCUGGAUCAGAACGACAACGUUCCAGUGAUCUUAUAUCCAGUCAGCGCUAACGGUUCUGCUGAGGGUGUGGAAGAGAUUCCCCGUAAUGUGAACGCAGGUCAUUUGGUGACUAAAGUCAGAGCCUAUGACGCAGAUAUAGGAUACAACGGCUGGUUAUUAUUUUCACUGCAGGAAGUUAGUGACCACAGUCUCUUUGGUUUGGACCGCUAUACAGGACAGAUAAGGACCCUUCGCUCAUUCACAGAAACAGACGAGGCCCAGCAUAAACUGCUCAUACUGGUCAAAGACAAUGGGAACAUUUCACUCUCAGCAACAGCGACUGUGAUUGUCAAAGUUGUGGAGCCCAAAGAGGCUUUUGCAGCUUCUGAUGUGAAAAACGCAGUAAAAGACGAGGAGGAAAACAACGUGACAUUUUAUUUGAUGAUCACUCUGGGCUCGGUUUCGGUGCUUUUUGUCAUCAGCAUCAUCGUGUUGAUUAUAAUGCAGUGCUCUAAAUCAACAGACUAUUCGUCCAAGUAUUUACAGGACACAAAUUACGACGGGACUCUGUGUCACAGCAUCCAGUACAGAUCCGGAGACAAACGGUACAUGUUAGUUGGACCCAGAAUGAGUAUCGGCUCUACUAUAGUUCCUGGCAGUAAUGGAAAUACUCUAGUCAUCCCAGAUCGCAGGAGGAGAUGUUUUGGGGAGGUAAGCAAAUGACUUGUGCAUCUGUGUAUUAGUUGUACGAAACAAUCUUAAGGCAGAUGU